AUGGCGGACCAACUCAGCGGUGGCAUGGGUAACCUGUCCCUUGAUUCAGCUCCUUCGGCUGCCCAGCUCGCGAGCCAGGAGACCACUCGUCGUUCUUACAUCCCUCCCCACAUGCGCAAUAAGGUGGCUGCUAGUGGACCCCCGAUGAACGGCCCCCCUCCUGGUCCCCAGCCGGGUGCCAUGAACGGUCUUAACAAUAGUGCCUGGGCCGGUAACAACAACUUUGACGCUCGCGGUGGUAAUUGGGGUGGCUUCGAUGGCCCACAGCCUCAGCAGUCUUGGGGUGGCGGCCGGGGCGGUGGUUUUAACCGCAACGCGUACCGCGGCCCUGCUGGCGGUGGUGGUGGUGGCGGCGGCGCCAUCGGUGGCGGUGCCGGCCGUGGUGAAGGCCGCUGGGUUGACGGCAAGCACGUUAUCGGUGCUCCCGACCCUCGCUUGGAGCGUGACCUUUUCGGUACUGCCGACGACCCCAGCAAGCAGCACACUGGCAUCAACUUUGAGAAGUACGACGACAUUCCGGUCACACCUUCUGGCCGUGAUGUGCCCGAGCCGGUGUUGACCUUUAGCAACCCUCCGCUGGAUCCUCACCUGCUCGCCAACAUUGAGCUCGCUCGCUACAAGAUUCCCACUCCGGUCCAAAAGUAUUCGAUCCCCAUCGUCAUCAACGGCCGUGAUCUCAUGGCUUGCGCCCAGACCGGUUCCGGCAAGACUGGUGGCUUCCUCUUCCCCAUCAUGCACCAGUCGUUCACUCAGGGUCCGUCUCCCACUCCUGCCCAGGGUGCUGGUGGCUACCGACAGCGCAAGGCCUACCCCACCGCUUUGAUCCUGGCCCCUACCCGUGAGCUGGUCUCGCAGAUCUACGAGGAGUCACGCAAGUUUGCUUACCGCUCGUGGGUUCGCCCUUGCGUCGUCUACGGCGGUGCGGAUAUCGGCUCUCAGCUCCGCCAAAUUGAGCGCGGUUGCGAUCUUCUUGUUGCUACCCCGGGCAGACUUGUCGACCUCAUAGAGCGUGGUCGUAUCUCUCUCUGCAACAUCAAGUACCUCGUGCUUGAUGAAGCCGAUCGCAUGCUUGACAUGGGUUUUGAACCCCAGAUUCGCCGCAUCGUUCAGGGCGAGGAUAUGCCGCCCACUGGUCAGCGUCAGACGCUCAUGUUCUCGGCCACCUUCCCCCGCGACAUUCAGAUGCUCGCUCAGGAUUUCCUGAGCGACUACGUCUUCCUCUCCGUCGGCCGUGUUGGUUCUACCUCAGAGAACAUCACUCAGAAGGUUGAGUAUGUCGAGGACGUUGACAAGCGUUCUGUCCUUCUCGACAUCCUGCACACUCACGGCGCUGGUCUGACGCUUAUCUUCGUCGAGACCAAGCGCAUGGCCGAUUCGCUCUCGGACUUCCUCAUCAACCAGAAUUUCCCGGCCACCUCAAUCCACGGCGACCGCACUCAGCGCGAACGUGAGCGUGCUCUCGAGCUCUUCCGCAACGGCAAGUGCCCCAUCCUGGUUGCCACCGCUGUCGCCGCUCGUGGCUUGGAUAUUCCCAACGUCACCCACGUCAUUAACUACGAUCUUCCCACUGACGUUGACGACUACGUCCAUCGUAUCGGUCGUACUGGCCGUGCCGGUAACACGGGUAUUGCAACUGCAUUUUUCAACCGUGGCAACCGUGGUAUUGUCCGGGAGCUUAUUGAUCUCCUGAAAGAGGCCAAUCAAGAGGUUCCUGGCUUCCUUGAGACCAUCGCCCGCGAGUCGUCCUUCGGUGGUGGCGGUCGCGCUCGUGGCGGCGGGGGCGGCGGCCGUGGCCGUGGUCGUGGUGGCAACUCUGAUUUCCGCAAGUACGGUGGCGGUGGCUUCGGCGGUGGCUUUGGCAGUGCGCAGCACGGCUCUGGUGGCGGCGGCGGCGCCGGUUAUGGAGGUGGCUUCGGAGCUCCCUCCGGCGGCGCUGGGGGUUAUGGCGGCGGUUACAGCGGCUACGGCGGUGGCUACGGCAACCCCGGUGGUGCCGGUGGCCAGUCCUGGUGGUAA